GAUUGCAAUAAAAUGGCCGAUGCAGAGGGAGACGGUGGAGAGACAGUCAAUCGGUUCGCUCGCCAGGGAGCCCUGCGACAGAAGAACGUGUGUGAGGUGAAGGAUCACAAGUUCACCGCCCGCUUCUUCAAACAGCCGACCUUCUGCAGCCACUGCACUGACUUCAUCUGGGGCUUCGGGAAACAAGGAUUCCAGUGUCAAGUUUGCUGCUUUGUGGUUCACAAGAGGUGUCACGAGUUUGUUACCUUCUCCUGCCCUGGAGCAGAUAAAGGACCAGAUACUGAUGACCCAAGGAGCAAACACAAAUUUAAAAUCCACACGUAUGGCAGCCCCACAUUUUGUGACCAUUGCGGCUCACUGCUCUAUGGCCUCAUUCACCAAGGGAUGAAAUGUGACACCUGUGACCUAAAUGUGCACAAGAAAUGUGUUAUAAACGUGCCCAGUAUGUGUGGGACCGACCACACGGAGAGAAGGGGCCGAAUAUUCCUGAAAGUGGAGGUCGACAGUGACAACUUGCUCCACGUUACAGUGCGAGACGCAAAAAAUCUAAUCCCCAUGGAUCCCAACGGUCUUUCAGAUCCCUAUGUAAAACUCAAACUCAUCCCUGACCCUAAAAGCGAAAGCAAACAGAAAACAAAAACCAUGCGCUCGACACUGAAUCCCACCUGGAACGAAACCUUCACAUUUAAACUGAAAAGUAGUGACAAGGAUCGGAGACUGUCAGUGGAGAUCUGGGACUGGGAUCGGACCACAAGGAACGAUUUCAUGGGGGCUUUGUCCUUCGGUGUAUCGGAGCUGAUGAAAUCCUCCGCGGUUGGUUGGUUUAAGCUGCUGAGUCAGGAAGAAGGUGAAUACUACAACGUCCCCAUAAUUGAGGAUGACGGGGAUUCUGAACUUCGCCAGAAAUUCGAGGGUCAUCCUAUUAAUAAUCAUCUCUUUAAGAAAGCCAAGCUCGGUCCUGCUGGGAAGAAGGCUGUGGAGAAGAAACCAAGCUCACCGACAAACAGCUUGGACCACGUGAAUCUCUCGGACUUCAACUUCUUAAUGGUGUUGGGCAAAGGAAGUUUUGGAAAGGUCAUGCUAUCAGAGAGGAAGGGGACCAUUGAGCUGUACGCCAUCAAAAUCUUGAAGAAAGAUGUGGUCAUUCAGGAUGACGAUGUGGAAUGUACCAUGAUUGAAAAGCGGGUCCUUGCUCUGAUGGACAAGCCUCACUUUCUAACACAUCUACAUUCUUGUUUCCAGACUUCGGAUCGCCUGUAUUUUGUUAUGGAAUAUGUGAACGGUGGGGACCUGAUGUACCACAUUCAGCAAGUUGGCAAGUUCAAGGAGCCACAGGCUGUGUUCUACGCAGCUGAGAUCGCAGUAGGACUCUUCUUCCUGCAUAAGAAGGGGAUUAUUUAUAGAGACUUAAAGCUGGAUAACGUGAUGCUGGAUGCCGAGGGACAUAUUAAAAUUGCAGACUUUGGCAUGUGCAAGGAGGGCAUUUUCGACAAUGUGACAACUCGGACCUUUUGUGGGACCCCAGACUACAUCGCACCAGAGAUUAUUGCUUAUCAGCCAUAUGGAAAAUCAGUGGAUUGGUGGGCGUAUGGAGUACUACUUUAUGAAAUGUUAGCCGGACAGCCUCCAUUUGACGGCGAAGACGAGGAUGAGCUUUUCCAGUCUAUAAUGGAGCAUAAUGUAUCAUAUCCCAAAUCAAUGACAAAGGAGGCUGUCUUAAUCUGCAAGGGGCUAAUGACAAAGCACCCAGCAAAGCGUCUCGGCUGUGGACUGGAGGGAGAAAGAGAUAUCCGAGAUCAUGCUUUUUUCCGGAGAAUUGACUGGGAGAAGCUGGAACAAAGAGAGAUACAGCCUCCAUUCAAGCCGAAAGUGAGCACCACAAACAACGCAGGUAUCUCUCAUUGUGGCAGAAGUGCUGAAAAUUUUGACAAGUUCUUCACACGAGGACAACCAGUUUUAACGCCGCCUGACCAGCUAGUCAUAGCUAACAUUGACCAGACAGAGUUUGAAGGAUUUUCAUUUGUAAACCAAGAAUUUGUUCACCCCAGUUUAACCAAUGUCGUAUGAAACACAGGAUGAAGAGGACAAGUAGCAACAGCAAAUAGACCUUUGUUUAAAACAUUUGUAAUAAAUCAGCAGUUAACUUUACAAGAUAAUAAUGUUCAGAAAAAGUUAGGGAACAAGCACUUUUGAUUUUUAGAAAAAAAAUAAUAUACUUUAAGGAGAUUUAUUGACAAUUUUACUGUCCAGCUUUAAAUCAGUCUAAUAUAAUUGUGAAUCGUUCUGAUAACUAAAAAGCAAGAAGGUUUUAAGGAAUGCAUUCUCCUCUGCUGGAUCUAACUUUUUCUUAAAUGCUGAGAUACAAAUUGCAAUAUACUUGUGGCCCUGCCCAAGGGACUAGCUUUUUCGCACUUUGUCUUCCCAAUAAUCAAAGAUGGUCAACAGUCUCAGUAUCAAAAACAACUGUUUCUCCAAAAAAAUGUGGUGGAUGAACUCUGUUUGAGUAAAUCCAAAUUUGUAUCUCAUGACAUUCUCCAUGUGUAAUUUGCACUACUAUAUCAAACUGAUAUUUCCAUCUAGAAUGCGGAGCAAGAAAUCUGAAGGUAUUGCAGGGAAUAGUUGAAAAAUGGAGCAGACGAUAAAAAAAAUCGAUCAAAUUCUGUUGGUAUUUUAACAUAUACUAGAAAUCACUGUCCAAAGUAACUACUGAAAGGAUGUAAUACGUUUUCUUCUAUGAAUCACAUUCAGUUUAACAUGUUCCUCUUCAAAAAUAUAAAAAUGAAAUUUAGUGCACAAAACUAACAAUCAGUGCUGGAGACGAUUCUGCUACUUUUAUAUCAAACUACAAAGAAUGUGCGCUACAAUUGUCUAGCUCAUACCUCAUUACAGUUUAUUGUAUGGGAUGAGUUUUUUUAGGAAUAGCAAUGUUCAUCUUGCAGCAAAGCUUUGGCUUUGACUUUACUAGAGCAUAUCUUCAAUGUAUUAUAGGAGCACUGACUUCAUACAACAGUGUUUGGCAAAACUGUUUUUCACUGUAUUAAAAUGUGCGAUGAAGUCAUGCAAUUGCAUCACUAAAGUAGCAUCUAAUCACCUGAGCAACAUUUUGAGAAAAAACAAUGUGGCGCUUCUCAUAACCGUCUCCCUUUAAAAUGCUAACUGAAACUUUUCUCAAACUUUUAAAAGACCUAUUGCAAUUUUUAAACUAUGACUCAGAUGGGUUUUUUUCCUUCUGAAGAUAUUUGCUUGUACUGUUAGAAAGCAGCCUUUCAAAGAAAAUACAUUCAAAAGCAAUUAAAGUACUUGUUGUAUAGUUUAGCUCCUGUACUUACCACUACAAGUGAACAAAACUGUUUUGGUCAAACUUACUUUAUUUUUCUUAAGGUUGAACAGUAAAUGCUAAUUCUUAAAGAGCCACGUUUAAGUCCAUGUGUGCACCUGCAUUCAAUUUACGAAAUGGGAAUCAGUUAGGAUCAUUUUUGCCUUGAUUUUGGAAACAGUAAUUUAGUGACUUACUAUUCUAACUUUAAGAAAUGCAUGUCAGAAUACAAUGUAGCAUGUUGUUGAUAGGUGCUGUAUGCAACAACAUUAUGAAAGCACGUAUGUUUGGUUGUUGGUCUAAACAGUGUUUGCUGUAUCCAAGUCGAAAAUGCACCUUUUAGAAAAACAAAUUACAAUCAAAAAUAGCCCGAAACGUCAGCUUUUGUGCUCCUGAGAUGCUGCUUGGCCUGCUGUGUUCAUCCAGCCUCACAUUUUAUUAUCUUGGAAUCUCCAGCAUCUGCAGUUCCCAUUAUCUCCAAAUAGCAAGUUCUUUUUAAGUCACAUCCUUCUUUUGACUAAUGGUCACAUUCACGUUUACUAUUUUCAAUAAUUCAAAGUCACACGCCUGAUUCUGCCAAUUUAUUGAAGAUUUAACAAGUGUACAUAUGCAGUCAGCCCCGAUAGUUGCAACAUCAGUAUUUAAAAACAAGCAUUAAUUGAUGCUGAAUGCAAAGUUUUAGAUGAAUGAAAAAGGUGAAUAAAAUAUAUCUAAUGCCUACUAAACAAUUAAGCACUGCUAUGUCAUAUCUUUCACAAUUUACAGUAAAUUUUUGGACCAAACUUUUUACUAAUUGAGUUUACCUAGUCAGCUUGAGUACAAUUAAUUACUGAACCGGAGAUGAUAGGGGGGAAAUGCUUGUAAAUUAAAUGCAAAUAUCUAUAUAUAAUAUAUAUUCUGUUAAGAUUGAAGUAAAGAUUCGGGGUUGAUCAAAUAUCUGAUCUCCAAAUAUCUCAAAAUUAUUUCAAAAGGCAGCCGUCUCAAAACAAUAAGGAAUUAACUUUGAUAUUAAUUUGAUUGUUUUGUUUUAAAUGAAAUUAAGAAGAUAUCAUUCAAGGAAUGACUUGGAGAAACUUGUAGCUCCCAUGAUUUAGGAGAAAUGGAGUAUAACAGUAGUAUGUAACAUUAGUUCUUCUUGUUUACAUUGUUGGAACCAGUAAGCACCCCAGUUCUGUAUUUUUUCUUAAAUGUUAUCCAGUUAUUAUAGUUCAAACAAUUCUUUCUCCAGAUUAACAAAAUGAAUAGCAAAGUAAAAAUAGUUAUUCAUCUUCUUUGAAAAAGGGCUAAAUAUCGAAAGGAAUAUUGACAGGUGAGACUGCCUCUUUAAAUAUGUUUUGAAGUUGUUAUAAAGAAAGCUUGCAUCACUGUACAGAGCGUUAUGCAGGCUACAUUGUCUAAUAUGAUAUGUACUGCUGAAUAAGAUAUGUUUCCAAGUAAUUUGUUAUCCCUCACUCCAAAUAAAUCCUCAGCCACUCAACUACCUGCUUUCACUUGCUUUGCGCCAAAUUGCCACAUACCAUUUUAAGUGUUCUUUAAACAAAAGCUUUUUAAUUAAAUUAUAGAUUAUAUAUUUGACGAACAUGAGUUUUAAAGUGACAAUUCAAUCACGUGGCUUUGGAUGUUUUAUAAACUGCCUGAGCUUUACCCUCUCAGAUUAUAUUCAACCAGCUUCUCCUGUCGAAUGCUAACUCCCCUGCCAGCUAACAGUACCCUGUUGAUUGGCUGCAGAGUUCAUAUCAUUGCCUUAUCAACAUCACUUUAGGUAGAACUAAAAUGUGACUCCAGUUGAGUAUGUAGAUUCACAGAAUACAACAAUGACAUCAUUACCCUCAAGUAAGUAAACAUAGCCCUGCAUUUCGGACAGUCCAUUAAAAUGGGAGGUACAAAUGACCCUAGUCAAUUGCUUUACUGACAGGGAGAAAAAUUAUCAAUCUCUCUGAAUUAUUUAGGAAACCCAAAAGCUUGUAUUCUACGUAAAGUGGGGAGAUUCUUAGCAUCUUGAAGUGACGGGUUUUCUGUGUGGAAGGUUUAUGUGACAUUUCGUAGAAUUUGUUGUGGGCAUGUUUGUCUGUUUCCAUCUCAUGUUUCCUCUCUUCACACUAUAUUGGUGGAUAAAUACCCACAUAUCUAGAAUUCACUUUUUUUUACUUGAAAGGUAUGAAUGUUCCAAAAAUACCAGGAUUCUUCAACAUUGAUACAUCUUCAUAAAAACCUCCAAAACUAGUAACAUUGCAGAAAACUAUAUGGGAAAUAGUACUGACAGAACUGCAACUCACCAGAAACUGCUACAAUAGUUUGCAGGGGUUUCUAGCCAGACUUGGUCCCAGGUGCUGAAUUGCACAGUGACUAAUGACUGUGGGAGUCAUUCAGAUUGCAAAAAAUUCAAUACUUUCUGCAGGGUAAGCUAGUACAUCACAGUUGCCCUGCAGAUUUUCCUUUCAAUCCAAAAAUAAUCAGUAGUUCAAUUCCAUUUUAGCUAAAGUUUCUCAUUGUUUCCAGAGCUAGUAAAACGACAAGAAAAUCAAUUGAGAAGAACAAUAUAUUCAUAUAAACCAAAAACAAAAGUCACUGUAUCACAUCAUGAAGAUGAUACUUCAAAUUUCUGAUUUGCAAUGGCAAAAGUCAUAUCCCUGUCAUUUAUGAUAAACAAUAAUAUUGUUUUCUUUACCACUGAAUUCUAAACACUUCGGAACCAUAGCAAGCCUACAAGGGAAUGAGAACAGAGGCGACAUUAUUCACUGAGCAAUUGGUCAGAUAUGGUACAUUAUUAAAACACAAUGUUUUACUUCUAUUAUAUAUUAAGAGACUUGCUUUCCUCAAAUUGUUUUGCAUGGUAUUGUUUGUUAUAUGUUCAUUGUAGUUUGACAAUGUGUAAAAUAAACAAAGUGGCUGUCA